AAUAGCAUUUCACAAAUCAAUAAUAAACCAAAGAAAACAGUGAGGGAGGGCGAUGCAUUACCACGGCUGCUGCUGCGGACGGUGUAGGGUAUCGACGUCUCCGUUGCCGGUAAUAGUCAUGAUCACGGUGGCCCUCGUCCUCUUAGCCCUUUCCUCCGUCGUGAAAUUCGAAGUUGCUGUCUCCUCAGGCGAAGAUGUGCUGAGCUGGCUCAUCCUCGCCGCAAUUCCAUUGGCUCUGCUCUUUGCCGUGAGAUGUCUCUCUUGUCUUGAAACGUCCAAGCGAUCUACUUACUACUGUCCUUGUGGUCGCUGGAGAUGCGUUUGCUACUACUAGUUCUGAUCUCGCGAUGUGAUCAAUGAUAACAGUUAAAGCAAAGGAAAAUAAGGAAAUUUGAUAAUG